AUGAAGUACCUAGGAGAAUUCAUUGUGCAGCCAGGGUCUGACCGGGAGCCCGGGGACGGGGACGGGGACGGGGAGGGAGCAGAGCUGGCCACAGCCCUGCCGCUCACUCAGGAAUACCUGCUCCUUGCCAUGCCUACCUGUGCCUGCUGUCACCAGCAGUUACCGAACGGCGUUUCUGUUUUAGCCUUAGAGUUAACCCCUAGGUGUUGCAGCCUGUCCAGCUUAGCUUCCCGUUUCCCCUGGCACCUUUUCCCGCGGCCAAAAUUGUCGAGGCCGGGCACUCAACCCGCGUCCCGCUUGCAGUUCUUCGAGGGCAAGGAGCUGCGGCUGAAGCAGGAGUACUUCGUGGUGGCUGCCACCCUCCAGGACAUCAUACGCCGCUUCAAAGCCUCCAAAUUCGGGAGCACGGAGAGCGUCCGGACCGUGUUUGAUUCCUUCCCUGAGCAGGUCGCCAUCCAGCUCAACGACACGCACCCCGCCAUGGCGAUCCCAGAGCUGAUGAGGAUUUUUGUGGAUAUUGAAAAGCUGCCUUGGAGCAAGGUUUGGAAAAGACCUCUUUCAAGCGAGACGUUCGCCUCCACGAAUCACACGGUGCUCCCCGAAGCCCUGGAGCGCUGGCCGGUGGACCUGAUGGAGAAGCUGCUCCCCAGGCACCUGCAGAUCAUCUACGAGAUCAACCAGAGGCACCUGGAUCACAUCGCAGCCCUCUUCCCCAACGAUGUCGAGCGGCUGCGGAGGAUGUCCCUCAUAGAGGAAGGAGGCACCAAGAGGAUCAACAUGGCCCAUCUCUGCAUCGUUGGCUCCCAUGCUGUCAACGGCGUGGCCAAGAUCCACUCCGAAAUAGUCAAGACUCAAGUGUUCAAGGACUUUGCUGAGCUGGAGCCGGAGAAGUUUCAGAACAAGACCAACGGCAUCACCCCACGGCGCUGGCUGCUGCUCUGCAACCCGGGGCUGGCGGAGCUCAUCGCAGAGAAAAUAGGGGAGGACUACGUGAAAGACCUGAGCCAGCUCACCAAGCUGCACAAGUUUGUGAACGACGACAUCUUCAUCCGGGAGGUGUCCAAAGUGAAGCAGGAGAACAAGGUGAAGUUCGCACUCUUCCUCGAGAAGGAGUACAAGGUGAAGAUCAACCCUUCCUCCAUGUUCGACGUGCACGUUAAGCGGAUCCACGAGUACAAGCGGCAGCUGAUGAACUGCCUGCACGUCAUCACCAUGUACAACCGCAUCCGGAGGGACCCUGCAAAGCUCUUUGUGCCCAGGACGGUCAUCAUCGGGGGCAAAGCUGCCCCGGGCUAUCACAUGGCUAAGAUGAUCAUCAAGCUCAUUAACGCUGUGGCGCACGUGGUGAACAACGACCCCGUGGUGGGAAGCAAGCUGAAGGUCAUUUUCUUGGAGAACUACAGAGUCUCACUGGCAGAGAAAGGUAGCGCGCCCCGGGGUAGUGUCUGGGGAGAAGGCGUCUGCCCCGUGGCCGCUCCCCAGCGCAGCCCAAGGCUUCGUCAUUAUAACGCAGCAGGUCUGAUUUCGUUCAGCACUGCUCCCAGCAUUGGAUUUGGGUUUGUUUGUGCAAAUUUUGCUCCUCACAAGUAUAUACCGAGCGGCAAGGGCAGCGAAUGCCUCGCUCUGAAGAGCUGGAGCUAUGGAUGUGCUCUGCUUUAACUUGGACCAAAAGCUGGCAUUAGCAUUCAGCUUCUUCUGCCUUGUUUAAAAGCAAAGCAAGGCUCCUGCGUGGGUUGUUGCCCCAGAGCCGCUUAAACGUCAUCGGGAGCGUGGAGGGAGCUAAAACCUCUCGCGCUAGCUGGCGAGCCGCAGCUCCCUGGGCAGGGAGGCGGAGGCAGAUCGGACGGUAGAGCUGAAACAGUAGAAACGUCUUAAAGCUGAUCAUGUUUCAGACCUGCAGAGAGGAGCAAUCUCUUUUCGGAGACCUCCAAGCAGAGCCCAGUCUUCCCUAACAUGCAAUUUAUUUAAUUCGUGCUUCAACCAGGAGCCUCACGUUCAGAUCGUACGAGUGGAGAGGCGGGAGGGAGUUGGCGGCUGCAACCCCUCCGGCUCCCCAGGGCAUUGCGCAGGCCAGGACAUCCCCUCGCACCUAGCUAGAGGAGUUGCAGGAUGCCCGUCUAAAGAGAUAAAGCUUCAAAUUCACCUUUUCUGGAAGCGUUGUUUAGUGGUUCAUCGCUGGGGAAGCUCACGCCUGCGUGUCCUGCUACAGC